AUCAUGCACUGGACAGGGAUAGACUAUACGCAAUUGUAUACUUUAGAACAAAGUUGACUGACUACCAACCCUGAUCUUGCGUAGCCUAUGCGGUCGAAACGCAUUCUGCGCAACAAUGAGCAGAACGCUCAUUUUCAUUGGUUGGCGCGACAAUGUAAAGUUCAGCAGUGUCAUAACUCAGCGCAUACCGCUGGCAGCAAGCUUCAACGAAGGUGUACUGUACAGCAUCCCGGCGGAAUGCACUGAUAACUGACAGAGGAUUUACACGUGUUUUUCUUUCGCAUAUCAAUUUAUUGUGUUCGUCAACCAAAUCGUAUUUACAAUGAAGGAAAGGAGACUUACCCAGCCUCUGGUGGCGAGAUGUAAACUAGUGUUGGUUGGGGAUGUUCAAUGCGGAAAAACGGCGAUGUUGCAAGUCCUGGCCAAGGAUUCCUAUCCUGAGACAUACGUUCCAACGGUAUUUGAGAACUACACAGCGUGUCUGGAGCUGGAGGAGCAGCGCGUAGAGCUCAGUCUCUGGGACACGUCAGGCUCUCCAUACUACGAUAACGUCAGACCCCUGUGCUACAGCGACUCAGACGCUGUGCUCCUCUGUUUCGACAUCAGCCGUCCAGACUCAUUUGACGGUGCACUGAAAAAGUGGAAGACAGAGAUCCUGGAUUUCUGCCCCAGCACACGCAUCCUCCUGAUAGGCUGUAAAACAGACCUGCGCACAGACGUAUGCACGCUUAUGGAGCUGUCCAAUCAGAAGCAGACACCCAUCUCACAUGAGCAAGGGUCCUCCAUGGCCAAGCAACUAGGUGCGGAGGCCUACCUGGAGUGUUCAGCCUUCACCUCAGAGAAGAGCAUCCACAGUGUGUUCCGUACUGCAGCCCUGGCCUGCAUCAACAAGCUGCAGCCCUCCACCAAGCCCAGCCCCGCCCGACGCCUCUCCAAGAGACUCCUCUUUCUGCCCGGCAAGUCUGACCUCCUCUCCUCCACCUUCGGCAAGGACAAGGCCAAGGGCUGCUCCAUCAUGUGAGGAAGGGAGUAGAACCCAGACAGUGGUGGCCAGAGAGGCACUCCAUUGACCGGUCCAGCGGAUAAAGGGGGGUGCGGGGUGGGGAAGGGAAGGGAAAGUAAGGGGGAAGGAAGGGGUUUCUCUUUAAUCCCUCUGGCCUCCCCAAACAUCCUCCCCACCCCCACUGACAGCCCUCUUUAAAGAAGACUGCUACCCCUCCAUGGUUUACUCUGUGUAGUAUAUACUGGUCUUCUUCAUGACCCCCCCCCAUCCCCCACAAACACAUACACAACAGACCCACACACGCACACAGACACACACACACCUCACCAGCAUAGGUUAGUGCAGACUUCCUUUUAUAAUGACAGUGAGAGCGAAAUGAUAUAAGAAAAUAUCAAUUGUAAACACAGCAUCUCACCUCUUUGUAAUGUUGACGUGUGUACCAUCCAUCCAUCAUCCUCGCCCUUAAUUAAACUUGAAGAUGUUAACGGUAAAAUGGGAUCUUUGCUAUAAAAAAAAAGGAUUAGGUGACCACCUCUACAUUCCUGGCAAUGAGAGGGAACGGUACCCAGAGUACCCAGAGUACCCAGUGUAACGCAACUGGGGGGGGGGGGUUGAGAGAGUGGGCCUUAAAUGAAUUAUUUCCAUGGCGACCUCCACAGUAUUUCUUUUAGGACAUUGAAUCUGUCAGCAAUGAAACAGGGUCCUGGGGGAGGGAUAUGGCAAGCACACCGCUCUUAAAAGAGGUAGUGGGGAGGAUAGACUGAGCGAAGGAGUGCUAUGUGACUCAACAUUCACACGGGCCAUUAACAGUAAGACGGAGGACAUGCUGUGCUGAGAGGAUGAUGGAGAGGAUGUUAGAGGAUGAUAGAGAGGAUGAUAGAGGAUGAUAGAGAGGAUGAUAGAGGAUGAGAGACUUUUUCUUCCUUCUUUAGUCAACCACUCUCUUCUUCAUCUCAAGGUGUUUAACUUCAGACGUUGAUUGAGUGGGGUGAUAUUUAUAAGGCCGCUUAUACUGUCCAAUAGUCUUUGAUAUUUCAUUUACCCGAAGGAGAAGAGUCCCCCUGGUUCCUCUAAGCCUCAUUUUGAUCAUUCUUAAAUCCUCUGACCUUGCGUUUACGUAACACAUAAAAGGUAAAUCAUCCUUCACUAUGAGCUUUUAACCGUAGCAUUGAAAGAGUCAAGAGCUUACUCACUACGCCUCAAGAAGCUUACCGGUGGCAGGGAUAAGCUGAUCAUGUCAUUGUCAACACUGGGCUUAAAGAGAAGUCUCCUUGCUCCGCGAUUGGUCACCUGAGAUGAGACUCUCUGGAGUCGUCAUUCUUGUAGUGUGGCUAGUCAUGAUAGUACAGGAUCAAGGCCUUUACAAAGCUGGCUAUCUCAUUCAUACUGUGUGAGGAAGAGCUUAAGAAAUGUAGAUUGGGUAAAGGGUCCUGGGUGUGGUAAGGGGUGGGGGUGGGAUGGGUUGGGAUGAGCCGAAACAGAACUAACAGGCUGGUCCUGUCUGAAGAAAGUUAUUUUCCCAUUUUUUUCUGCUUUGUAUUCAAAUCUUUUAAGUAUAAGUUGAUUUAAAUUGUUUUGUUUUCUUCUCAUUUGAAAUCUGCUUUCUGCCCAGUCCUUUUAUAACUGUUUAUUGUUGUCUCUGCUGUUUUUGUUGUUUUUGUUGUUGUACUUACUGACGUCGUCUUGUAUUAGGAGCUGUCUACGGCUCAGCUAACGGAGGACUUCAUGAUUUGUUUGCGCUGACAGGAGCUCUGACUUGUUUGGACAUACGGAACACUGGAAUUGAAUGUGUUGCUUAGCAACAGUGCGAGCAGGGGGCAGGCGUGAGCAGGGCUGCGGUGACUGGGAUGCAGUUCCGGUCUCUGGGAGAAAAGAAAGAUGGCUUUUCAACUGGGCUCUUCACCAUUAAUUAGUAGCACCAGACAGAGGCCACUGCUAAGGUGACGGCUGGACACUUCAGUCAGUAGUACACUUCUGAAAAACCUCAUUUGAAGCCUCCAAACUCAGUGACAGCUCAGUGGCAGCUCAGUGGCAGGUGUAAGAACAACACAGGGAUUUUCAAAAAGCAAUGUGAGUACCUUUCCAAACUGAGUUCCAACCAAAACACAAUUUUUUUAGCAGGGAGUGACGAAGCUCCAAAUUUGCCUGGGGUUACUGAUACACUGUUCAAACAAAAGUCAAUUUGACUGAACACCCAGCCUUCAUGUUACAGUGGGGUCUGCUCCCACUCCUUUACUAAGAACACACCAUGUCUGGUUGUCCGUAUCCUGCUUUAUAUGCCAUUUGAAAGCUCCAAAAAGAAUGUUGUUGAAACGAAACAAACCGUUUGGGAUAUGUAAAAUGGCUUGACCUUCACUUAUUAAUGAAAUACUGUAUUGCUCAAUGUUGUCAUUUUUAUUUUGGAAUUUUUUUUAUUUGAACGGACACUGAGAUUUCGGUCCAUCCUUUUUCUGUCGGGUUCUGAAUAAAGUUUGCUUUCGUUCGUCAUACUCUCA